CAAUAAGAGCGAGCGCUUUAACGCCAGGAGCACUGCCAGAGCACUGGACACGAGACGGACGACGCGUUCACACACAGCAGGAAGUGUGCAUUGGUGUUUCUGAUCUGCUCACGUUUUGCUUGGGUUUUGAGUCUGUUGGAUUCAUGCGACGGAUCCACAAUGUUCAGCGAUGCAGCUUUCCAGAGUCUCCUGCUGGCAGCGAUCUGUCUCGUCAGCCGGGCCGUCCCACAUGAGAGACAUGGAGAAGAUAAAGCCUCUCAGGUCUCUCUGACGCCUCCUGCUGGAGAUCUGCUUCAGAUCAACUCUUCUGAGGAGGACAGAAGACUGACUCCUGCAGCUGGAUCCGGACCGAGCUUCAGCUCCAGACUGCUGGAUGCCACGGACACCUGGACAGAAGCAGAUCGUCUGAGGACAGAGGAAGUGAGCGUCUUGCCCUCGUCUCAAGACGUCGGCACUGAGGCCACCAUGUCCUCCGAAGACCUUCCUCUGAUUUUCGAGCCGUUGGAGGCCGGAGCAUCAUCCGAACCGUCUGUCGCCAUGACGCCAGCGGCCGUAACCGCGGGAGACGCAGAGCUGGAGCGGAUGGUGUCCAUGGAUACGGAUCGCACUUCCUCUGAUGUCCGUCUCUCAGGAACGCUGGAGACGUCUGGAGUGAGAGAGCCAAUCACAGAGUCCCAUCCGGCAGAGGAGCAUUAUGGGACGACACAACCAGGUGAUGACAUCACACAGGCUCUGGUGGUCUCUGAGGCCGUUCACUUACCAGCGUCAAAACCAAAGACAGACACGGACGAUCCCAAAAUUAAAGAGAAGCCCGAUGAAGAUGAAGAGGACGAGGAGAUGGACUCUGAGGAGGAGGAGGAGAGUGAAGAGGACCUGACAGAGAGCACCAUAGCACCCCACAGAAGUCCGCCGUAUGGCCUGAUCCCUCCUCCUCCCGUCUGGGUGCAGCGGAACCAGGGCCUGGUGCGGAGCUGGGUUGAGCUUAUCAGAGAGAAGGCUGGUUAUGUGUCGGGGAUGUUGGCUCCGGUCGGGAUUGGAAUAGCUGGAGCUCUUCUGCUGUUCGGCGCUCUGUACAGCAUCAGAGUGAUCCAUCGCAAGAGGAGGAACAGCUUCAAACACCAGAGGAGGAAGCCUCCCAGAGAAGUGCUCAGCGGACCAGACAACACCAUGCUGCUGGCAGACAGUUCAGAAGACGAGUUCUGACGAGAAUCAUCUGUGGAUCAGUCAGAUUUCACACAAAUACUGAUGAGAAACACGAAUGAAUGAAUGAAAUCGCAAUAUGCUUUUUUCUUCAACUGCAUCCACACUCUUUUGAGAAACUGAGAAAAUGAACAUUUUAAUUAAGUGUUAUUUUAGUAUC